AUGUUUGCAGAGGAAACACUUGAACUGUCAUCCGGGCUCGAAACCGUCGGGCUGUCCGAUGACGGGGAAACAUGUCCCAAGCUUUUCGAUGCUGUCAGCAAGAACUCGGCGGGAGCUGGAAUCGCCCGGGAUAUGAUGAAGGCCUGCAAGAAAUCGGCAGGAUGCCAGCGGCAGCACCCUAAAACUGCGAGGGAGGGUGGAAAAGCAUCCAGCCAUUCACCAGACUUUCAGAACCAGGCAUCCUACCUGAGUGCAAUGCCGGCUUUGCUACAUGUUGGUGAUUACGGGCAACAUUUUCUCGCCUCCAGUGGCCCAAUGCCAACAAACUACUACUGGCCAGCAGAAAUCGUGGACUCUAUGGCAUGGUCGGCGCAGUCUUUUUUUGGCCACGGAAGGCCGAGCCAUGCAGAAGGCGUAGAGCAGAGUUAG